AUGGUGGCCACCUCUGUUUGCAAGCCAGGAUACUCAAGAUUCAAAAACAGCGUCAAGGAAGGAAAUGAUAAAAAACCAUACCAAGGAACUUCUGGAUUCAAGUCUGGACAAAGCCCUUUAAACAGUCAGCCUUUAACUAAACAGGGGAAGUGCGAUGACAAUUCUAAGACCCAAGCAGAGAGGAAUCGAGGCCAAUCAAAAAGGAACCAGCAUCGAUUAGAAGGAUCUCAAAGCCAAUCGGAAGAAAAUCGACACUAUUCAGGGAGAUCUCGAGGCCAUUUAGAGAGAUCUCAUCGUCAAUCAGAGAGAUCUCGAGGCCAAUUAGAGAGGUCUUAUGGCCAAUCGGAGAGAUCUCAUGGCCACCCAGAAAGAUCUCAUGGCCAAUCAGAGAGAUUUCAUGGUCAAUCAGUGAGAUCUCAUGGCCAUUUUGAGAGAUCUCGUUACCAGUCAGAGAGAUUUCAUGGUCAAUCAGGUAGAUCUCAUGGCCAAUUAGAAGAUCUCGUGGCCAGUCAGAGAGAUAUUUUGGCCACUCUGAGAGAUAUCGUGACCAAUCAGAGAGAUCUUAUAUCCGCUCUGAGAGAUAUCGUGGUCACUCAGAGAGAUAUCAUGACCACUUGAGGAGAUCUCAUAUAUCAUGAACAAUCAGAGAGAUCUCAUGGACAGUCAGGGAGAUAUCGAAGAUAUUCACCAGAAGGAAGAUUCAGAACUUCACUCAAAAUUGAGUCUGGAUUUGACAGGUCUUUUAUGACAAAAACAAGGAAUGAAUACUCUCAGAAACAGAUGCAGCAAAGAAACUAUCGAAUGAACAUGCAUCGAAGAAUAUCACCAGAAAAUAAUCAUAACGCCUGUGAAAAUUAUCGAAGACGUGAAAG